AUGUCCCAGAAGCCCCAGGGUGUCGGAGCGAGCAAUCUGGCCUUGCGGAGAAGGCCGAAAGCGGUUAGCGCUGUGCCAAGAGUGUUCGAGCUUCUUUGGGCUGGAUUCGACUCGACAGCUCGCCUUCAUUCUCCCCAAUCACUCAGUCAGCGGAUCGACAUAAUACUCGAGAUUAGUGCUAGGCUGCUGCAUUGCACCGACGCGCCGAAAAGGGGAGCUAUCAACGAUCAAAGGAGCUUCACCUCGACGUGA